AUGUCCAAUAAUCAAAAGAAAGUCAGUUAUGUUAUCUGCAAAUGUCCAGACUGUACAAAGUUGGAUAGCUGUGGAAAGAAACAGAAAAGACAAAAUGCACAACGACACUAUGAGAAACAUAUAGUGCCUGUUGCCAAAGACAAUGCAAUGGAUGUUCCUGAAGAACAUUUUGACGACAUGGAAGUAGAUAGUAUUGACAGUGACAAUGACAAUGAUUAUGAUUACGAGAACGAAGGUGAAGGCGAAUAUGAAGACGAAAAUGAAGAACAAAACAUUGAAUUUGAUCAAGAAGUUGACUUACCUUUGUCCCAAGAAGAGUCUAUCUUUACUGCCAAAGAUACAUUUACAGGAGCAUUUGUGGUUGAUAGAGAUGAGAUUGAAGAAGGCAAUACCGGUUUUGUUUUUGAACAAGAAGAAAACUUUGAUGAGACCAGUGGGACCUCAAUAGUAGAAUCAGCUCGUCCUUCGUCUUUUGAUAACAUGCCCUUGUAUAUUCGCUUUGUUGCAGUAUUCAUUGUCAUAUUUCACUUGACCUUUUUGGUGGAAAGCGGUGGAUCGAUUCUCAUUGAAUUUUGUAAUACUCUACUGUCUCUCUGUGAUAUGUCUGGCGCCCUUCUGCUGACGAUCAAUAGUUUGAAGCAUAAGACAGGAUUUAACAUGGCAACAGACGGAAUGACAGUAUACAUUGCAUGCUCACAAUGUCAUUCGAUUUAUCCUCCGGAAACAAGUCAAAGAGUCUGUACAUUUAAGAAAUUCUCUCAAUCCGCCAUUUGCAACAACAAUCUCUUUAAAGUGUCAACUGGAAAUCAUUCUCUUCCAGCAAUGGCAAAUGCAUUGAACAAUACUGAGCAAACAUGUCUAGAAAAAGAAAAUGGCACUCGGUGGUCAGAGCUUCAUUGGUUAUCUUACUUUGACCUAGUCCGCUUUACAGUUAUAGACCCGAUACAUAACCUCUAUCUUGGAACUGCAAAGCAAAUGAUUCAGAUAUGGCGCGAGUGUAACUAUAUCAAUGAAAAGAAUCAGUUAACUAUGCAAGAGCUUGCCAAUGGUAUUGUUGUACCUUGUGGAUAUGCGCCCAAAAAUCUCGAAAACUGGAUUUUGUUUGUUGACGCAUGCCACUUACUCACAAAACCUUUGAUCAAUGACAAAGAAAUAGAUGAAGCCCACAGUAAACUCCAAUUGUUUUGUACAAGAUUUCAGACACUGUAUGGAAAAUCGGCUGUGACACUGAAUAUGCAUCUACAUCUUCAUCUUGGCGAGUGUGUUCAUGACUUUGGGCCAAUUUAUGCUUUCUGGUUAUUCAGUUUCAAGAGAUACAAUGGUUUGUUGAAGAAUAUCGAAACAAAUCAAAAAGGCGGCUUUGAAUCAAUGAUGAUGAAGAGAUUUUUGGAGAUAACAUACAUUGGCAACUUCAUACAAUCUUUUGUCAAUCAUCUUCCCCAGUUCGCAAUUGACUUUCUGCAUCGCAUUUCAAAUAGUCAAGAUCAAUUAGCAGCAUUGCAUCCAUCUUCUACUGCCAGUACCUUUUCUCUGUCUGACUUUGUUGAAUAUUCGUUAAACUCUUGUCAUUCUGCUUUGGGUUGUGAGCUGUUGCCCCCUUCAGUGUUUCCAAUUAAACUCAACCAAAGGAUUACAAUGUGCAAGGGACAUUAUGAAUGUUUACUGGAGUUUUACAGACACGCGUAUGGCAGUCACGAUCUUUUUGGCCAUUAUUCAAACUGCGAGUCUAACCAGAUUUUUGUCAAUAACCAAAUUGAGAAAAUAAAACAGAUAUCUCUUCUUGGACAGGAAUACUCUUCUGGGUCUUAUUUCCAUGCCUAUUAUCUUGAGAAUAACAGUGAAGAUAAAGCAGCGUUUUCUGGCUGUAUACUGUAUUUAUUUCAACAUUUGAUAACUAUCAACAAAACUGUCAUCACCCAUACUUUUGCGUUUGUUGAGUGGUACUCUAGUUAUUCUUUGGGGAGUUACCAGCCAAUGUUAAAUGAAGGCAUUGAGCUCUGGAAUGAACUUUCUUCUGUACUUAAUUAUGAAUGUAUUAUUCCAGUACAUUGUUUAUAUUCACCAAUCGCAAUUGCUAAAUAUAGAUUUACUAUAACUAGUGAAUUUAAACGUUUAGUAAUCCCUUUACCCCAAAAAAUAGAAGCUUAA